CAGGUGUGGAGAUUCUACUCUUGCCCAACCCGUCUAGCAUUAUAGCCAUGCGUUGCCCAGCUUUCCUCGCACUCUGCCUGCUUGCCAUUCUGGCCAUGACUGUGGCCGAGAAGGAGAUAAACUAUUGCCUGUGCCAUCGCAACUAUGAUCCUGUGUGCGGAUCGGACUCGCAGACCUAUAGCAACCAGUGUGAAUUCGACUGUGCAGUUAAAAACGGAGCCUCCAUUACCAUUAAGCAUAAUGGAAAAUGCUAGAGCCUCCAUUACCAUAAAGAAGACGGGAAGCUGGAAGGAAACGGAGCAUGGAUCCCAAUUGGUUGUCAAAUAAUAUGUGACUAAUAAAUAUGUGUCUUAAGCUUUAGCUUAAGCUGUGUUUAAACAACA